ACACUGCGCAUGAUCAACCCAGGCUCCAAAUCGCUCGAGCGACGCAGGGGCAAGGGCUAGGGCGGCUAAACCCAUGUGUACCCCGAUGCUUGAUAUUGUACAAAUCGACGAUUAGUACGGAUAAAAAUCGGUCUGACUGUCGCAAAGGAGUUAAUUUUAAUCAUCACUGACAUCGACUACCAUGGCUUCAGCAGCGAAAAAUGACGAAAACGACGAAAGUAUGGAUGUCGGAGAGGAGACCGGCGAAGAUGAGCGGUAUUCAACGCCGCAAAAUGCAUCUCCAUCACCGUAUUCCCCACCUGAACAGGAGGGGGCAGAGUCUAGAUUGGGUACUUCCUAUGAUGAUUUACCAGACAGCCCAGUCCCAGAGAAGAAAAGUAAAAAGAGACGAUCUAAAGAUCCUGCAGAGAAGAAACAAAAACGCAAGAAGAAGAAAAAGAAAUAUGAUGACGAUGAAGAGAUGGGCUUUGAUGAUGACGCUAGUGAGGACUACAUAUCACCACCUAAAAAACAGAAGAAGCCAAAGGCGGCACCUUCCAGUGCACCUAAGGAAAAGAAGUCCCCUUCUGAUAUUAUAGCAGAUGAUCUUGGCAUCAAUAACAUCGACAUUGAGUAUGAUGAUGAUGAUUUCACUACCCUGAAUAACUACAAGUUGUUUAAGCAGCAUGUUCAGCCACUUAUACAGAAGGCAAAUCCUAAGGUGCCCAUGGCGAAAAUGGUUACUUUAAUUGGGGCCAAGUGGAGGGAGUUCGCUCAGCUGGUUGCGGCUCGUAACAAAACACGGGAGUCAACGGGGAGUGCAGCACCAAAGGAGAAAGCUGCAGAACCAGUGAAAGAGAAAGAGGAUAGAGAAGAAUCUGAUAGAGAGGACAAUGUAGAUGAUUCUUUGAAAGACAAUGGUGAUGAAGAUACAGAGCCUCAGGAUGAAGCCCCAGUGGAGGAAAAGCCAAAGAAGAAAUCUAAGUCAAAGAAAACAGUUGCUCCUCUUAAGAUAAAAAUCAACAAAAAGAAGAAGAAAGUUAAGAAGACUGCAUCGGAUGAGGAUGCAGCAUUUAACACGAGUGACGAGGAAUUUGAGCGUCAGUUGGAGGAAGCUUCCCUGUUGCAGGAGGCUGCUAAAGAAGCAGAGCCAUCACCAAGGCGUAAAACCAAGACAAAGAAGGGACGUGGCAGGGGAGGCAAGAAGAAGACCAAAACUACCAACAAAUUCCCCAAUGACCCAGAUGCGGAAGGCUAUGAGACAGACCACCAGGAUUACUGUGAAGUAUGCCAGCAGGGAGGGGAGAUAAUUCUGUGUGAUACCUGCCCUCGAGCCUACCAUCUUGUCUGUUUAGAUCCAGAACUAGAAGAAGCACCAGAGGGGAAAUGGAGCUGUCCACACUGUGAGGGCGAGGGUAUAAAGGAACAGGAGGAGGAUGAACACAUGGAAUUCUGCCGUGUAUGUAAGGACGGCGGAGAACUUCUGUGUUGUGACCAGUGUCCAUCUGCCUAUCACAUGCACUGUGUGAACCCACAGGUCAAGGACAUCCCCGAUGGUGAUUGGCUGUGUCCGAGAUGCUCUGCCGAGCCCUUGGCAGGACAUGUUGAGAAAGUUCUAACCUGGCGUUGGACUGAACCACCUGAGCAAGAGGAUAAAUUAGAUGAGCUUGACCACACACACGCUCACCCUCCAUCCAAAAAGGCAAAUAUUAAGCCAACCCGGGAAUUCUUUGUCAAGUUCCGUAAUCUGAGUUACUGGCAUUGUGAUUGGAUCAGCGAGUUGCGGGUGGACGUGUACCAUCCUGCCAUGUAUCGUCACUACAUUCGCAAGAAUGAUAUGGACGAGCCCCCUCCACUGGAAGAUGGCAGCAGCUAUGGCAUGAAAGAUUAUCACAAGAUCAAGGGAAAGAGAGGAGCAGACAGGGAUAUAAAUGAUGGAGAAAAUCUGGAGGAACGCUUUUAUAAGUAUGGAGUACGCCCUGAGUGGCUGGAGGUGCACCGAAUCAUCAACCAUAAGAUAUCCAAAGAUACUGUAUGGUACCUGGUAAAGUGGUCUGACCUACCGUAUGACCAGGCCACCUGGGAAAGUGAGGACAGUGGUGUAGCAAACCUCCGGAAGUACAUUGACGACUACGACGUCCUCCGAGCCAUGAUGUUCGGGAAUGGAGACAAGAAAGGACCGGGCAAGAAAAAGAAGAAGAAGGACAAAGAAAUUGACAUAUCAGAUAAACAGCCCCCUAGCUUCCCUACUACUGAUUUACGGAAGAAACUUGACAGGGAUCCUCCGUACAUCUUCUCAACUGGAGGUGCUCUUCAUCCCUAUCAGCUGGAGGGUCUCAACUGGCUGCGAUACUCAUGGACAAACGGCACAGAUACCAUUCUUGCUGACGAGAUGGGACUUGGAAAGACUAUUCAGACAAUUGCGUUUCUCUAUUCCCUUUACAAGGAAGGACAUUCCAAAGGGCCGUUCCUUGUGAGUGCCCCACUAUCUACCAUCAUCAACUGGGAGCGUGAGUUUGAAUUCUGGGCCCCAGACCUGUACGUGGUCACGUAUGUGGGAGAUAAGGAUUGUCGUGCAGUAAUCAGGGAGCAUGAGUUUUCUUUCGAGGAAGGAGCCAUCCGAGGUGGAGCAAAGGCGUGUAAAAUGAGGCAAGAUGUACCAGUAAAGUUCCACGUUUUACUGACAUCGUAUGAACUGAUCAGUAUUGACAAUGCCACACUGGGGUCUGUAGACUGGGGAGUACUGGUAGUGGACGAAGCUCACAGACUUAAGAAUAACCAGUCUAAGUUUUUCCGUGUGCUGAGUAAUUACAAGAUAGCCUACAAGCUGCUGUUGACUGGAACUCCUCUCCAGAACAACCUAGAGGAGCUGUUCCAUCUGUUGAACUUUCUCAGUUCAGAAAACUUCAAUCAGCUGCAGAGUUUCCUUGAUGAGUUUGCCGACAUUGCGAAGGAGGAGCAGGUGAAACGUCUCCAUGACAUGCUUGGACCACAUCUGCUUCGACGACUAAAGGCCGAUGUCCUGAAGGGCAUGCCUACUAAGAGCGAGUUCAUCGUCCGAGUUGAGCUCAGUCCUAUGCAAAAGAAAUAUUAUAAAUACAUUCUGACAAGAAAUUUUGAUGCUCUGAACCUGAGAGGUGGUAGCCAGGUGUCACUACUAAACAUUAUGAUGGAUCUGAAGAAGUGCUGCAAUCAUCCAUAUCUGUUUCCUACUGCGGCAAAUGAGGCACCAAAAGUAGCUAAUGGUAUGUUUGAGGGAAAUGCCCUCAUCAAGGCAUGUGGUAAACUGGAUCUCCUGGCAAAGAUGAUGAAAAAUUUGCAUACAAAUGGACAUCGAGUUUUGAUAUUCUCCCAGAUGACCAAGAUGUUGGACAUCCUAGAAGACUUCCUUGAACACGAGGGCUACAAGUAUGAGAGAAUUGAUGGUGGUAUCACUGGAGCCAUGCGUCAGGAUGCCAUUGAUAGAUUUAAUGCUCCAAAUGCUCCCCAGUUCUGUUUCCUGCUGUCCACACGUGCCGGUGGCCUUGGUAUUAAUUUAGCCACUGCUGAUACCGUUAUCAUAUACGAUUCUGACUGGAACCCGCACAACGACAUUCAGGCGUUCAGUCGUGCCCACAGGAUCGGACAGGCCAAUCGGGUGUUGAUUUAUCGGUUUGUGACAAGAGGGUCAGUUGAGGAGAGAAUCACACAGGUGGCAAAGAAAAAAAUGAUGUUGACUCACUUGGUAGUGCGGCCUGGACUUGGUAACAAGGGAGGUGCCAUGUCACGUCAGGAAAUGGACGACAUCCUGAAGUUUGGAACAGAGAAAUUAUUUAAGGACGAUGAUGACGGUAAACCCGAGGAAGAACAGAGGAUUGUGUAUGAUGAUAAAGCUAUAGAACAGCUGCUGGACCGGACCCAGGAAGGCCAAGAGGAGAAGGCUAUGGCCAUGAAUGAAUACCUCAGUUCAUUCAAGGUUGCCACUUACUCUAUGAAGGAAGGCGAGGAGGAGGAUGAGCCGGAGACGGAGGUUCUGAAACAGGAGGCAGAGCAUGCUGACCCAGCAUACUGGGAAAAACUACUUCGUCAUCACUACGAACAGCAGCAAGAGGAUCUGGCCCGUACUCUUGGUAAAGGAAAACGUGUCCGUAAACAGGUUAAUUAUAAUGAUGCUAUGACAGGUCAGGACGAUGCCUGGAAAGACAACUUGUCUGACUUUGACUCCGACUUCAGUGGGCCAGGUGGUGGUGAAAACGAGGAUGAAGAUGAUGAUGAUUUCGAGGAUAAGGAGAGUGCAUCCAAGAGUCGUCGAAGGGAGAGGAAUGAUCGAGAUCGCCCUCUACCUCCAUUGUUAGCCAGAGUCAAUGGUCAAAUUGAGGUGCUUGGUUUCAAUGCCAGACAGCGUAAGGCAUUCUUGAAUGCAGUGAUGAGAUAUGGAAUGCCUCCACAGGAUGCCUUCAAUUCACAGUGGUUGGUGAGAGAUCUGAGGAACAAGUCGGAAAAAGUGUUCAAGGCCUACGUCUCAUUGUUUAUGCGCCAUCUGUGUGAACCAGGAGCAGAUAAUGCAGAGACAUUCGCCGAUGGUGUUCCACGGGAGGGUUUGUCACGGCAACAUGUUCUCACUCGAAUUGGCAUCAUGUCUCUUGUCAGAAAGAAGGUACAAGAGUUUGAGCAAAUUAACGGGCUCCACAGCAUGCCAUACUUGAAGGCCACAGAUGCAGUAGAAAAGGCAAAGGCUGUUGAAGCUAUGGAGAAGGUCAAGGAAGAAAAACUUAAGGCUGCUGAUGCUGCAGAGAAGGUAAAGACAGAAGAAGAGAAGGCAGCAUCUCCAGUCCAAGAGGCCAGUGAAAAAACAGAAGAAUCAAAGACAAGUGAUGAUGUGAAAACCGAAGAGGCAAGCAGUUCCAAGAAUGAGUCCACCGAGAAGGAAGUAUGUGAGGGAGAAAAGAAAGAUGACGAAAAGGAAGAGGAAGGAGCUGUGAACAAGGAAGAGCAAAAGAAAGAAGAGGAUGAAAAAGAGAAGGACGAGUCUGAGGAAAAGAAAGAUGUAGGGUCAGCAGAAGGACCCAAGGAAGAAGAGGAAAAGAAAGGAGAAGCUAUGGAGACUGAUGAAAAAGAUGUAAAGAAUGAAAAAGAAGAAGCAAUGGAAACCGAGGAAAAGAAAGAUGAAGAGAAAAAGGUUGAGGAGGAAGAUAAAGCAGAUGAGAAGAAAAGUGAAGAUGAUAAAGAAAAGAAAGAUGAUAAAGAAAAGAAAGAUGAGCCUUUAGAGGCAAAAAGCUCCGAUAUCAAGGAAGAGACCAAGGAGGGAGAUGAAGUUAAGAAAGAGGAAGAAGUGAAAAAAGAAUCCAAGGAAGAUGUUAAACCAGUGAAGAAAGAAGAGAAAACGGAGGAGAAACAAGAGCCCAAGAAAGAGAAGCCAACCGAAGCUGAAAUAAAGAAAGAAGAAACGAACCAGAAGUUCAUGUUCAAUAUCGCAGAUGGAGGAUUUACCGAGCUCCAUACCUUGUGGACCAAUGAGCAGAGAGCGUUGAACAUGGGACGUGAACACGAGGUCUGGCAUCGUCGCCAUGACUACUGGCUCCUGGCUGGCAUUGUCACUCAUGGAUACGGUCGCUGGCAGGAUAUCCAGAAUGAUCCACGAUUCCAGAUUGUUAAUGAGCCAUUCCUCAGUGAGCAAGGCAAAGGAAAUUUCUUGGAAAUCAAGAAUAAGUUCCUGGCUCGCAGAUUCAAGCUGUUGGAGCAAGGCCUGGUGAUCGAGGAACAGCUGCGACGUGCAGCAUACCUGAAUUUAACACAGGACCCGAGUCACCCUGCUAUGGCUCUCAACACACGCUUUGCUGAGCUCGAGUGUCUGGCCGAGAGUCACCAACACUUAUCUAAAGAAUCUCUGGCUGGCAAUAAACCUGCCAAUGCAGUUCUCCAUAAAGUGCUUAACCAGCUUGAAGAGUUGCUAAGUGACAUGAAACAGGACGUGAGCCGUUUACCAGCAACACUAGCCCGGAUACCACCAGUUAGCCAACGAUUGGCAAUGUCUGAGCGCAGUAUUCUUAGUCGAUUGGUCAAUCCCGGUUCCCAGGUAACGUCAGCCUCUGGUACUGCAGGAGGCUCUGCCCCAGUGGUGGCUGCUAGUCCUGUUGCUACGCCAUCAGGAACAUCUUCACCGGCGGCCACACCAAAUGCAUCUCAGGCAUCAUUCCUUGGAGUUCCAGCAUCGCUAGCUGGUGCCUAUGCCAACUUCCCACCAGGAUUCCGACCUCAAUUCGGUCUGACCCAGUCUCCUUUUGCCCCAGGACAGAUACCAGUUUCCCUCACACAGAGUAUCAAACAGCUACAAUCGGCUCCACUGCCUAGUCCAUCUCAUCGAUCUCCAGCUUCUACACCAGCAAACCCAAGUAAAGUCUCGGAUCUCUCCCAGAAGUCAGAAGGAAAAGGUGGAACAGAAGCAGGGGCUAAGCUCAAUGGAAAGUCUGUUAUAUGUAUUGACGAGUGAACUGUGUUCAAUGUGGUGUAAUGACAAUUUGUAUUCUACUGUAAAACCGGUAGAAUUGUGAAGCAUUAAUAGAGGUGCAUCUGUGUACAGGCAUCGUCACUGCUAAAGUGGCAAGUAUCAACAGCCAUAUGUAAAUAUUCCAUAUCUCACAUCACUGUGUCAUCCAUAAUCAUCUCCUGCUUUUUAUUUGCUGCAAAGCUUAUGUAAGGGAAACUGAAUUUUAAUUCUGGCAGUUAACAUCUGUUUCAUGCAAGAUUUUAAAAUGGCAAAGUUUUGAUCUACAUAGUAUUUCAUACAAAAUAUAAAUCCAGUUAUAAAGGACUGGGUAGACAAUUUUUACGGUAAGGGAGCAACCAUCAGAAUCCUGUUGAUAAAUGUUGCUGGUGCUGUCAAGUUCUGUGUUGUAAAUAUUGGAUUUGAUAAAAGAUUGUUUACUUUUACUUCAUGGGCAAGGAGGUAAUCCAUCAAUCGACAAUGCGUAGCCUGUCAUCAUCUUUGUUUUUAGAUAUAAAUUCAGAAAAAUGACUCCGUACUAUUAUUUAUAUUGUAUUGACUUUACUUCUGUAAAAGCUAGUGGCCGUACACAAAAUUUCGAACAAAAAAAUUUUUUUUUAAGAGAGAAAGUAUUCAAGGUUUUGUUAUGCAGUUUUGAUUAAAUAUCUCAGAUUUGUAAUCAGAAUUUGUUUUAAGUUACACAUUUCUGAAAUGCAUGUCGUGUAAUUAAAUCCUAAAUAAUGUAAAUGUACUUAUUGUAGGGUAUUAAUGAAAUGCAUUUACCCAUGGAUAGUGCACAAUGUAAUAGAUGUGUCUGUAAGUAUAAGUAUCCAUUUGCAAAAAUUACUUAAGUGCUGUUGAAAGCCUGAUGCACACCCUCUUGGUUUAAUGCGAAUGACAAUCAGAACAGUCAGGGGGAAUAACUCAAUUUACCAAAAAAAUAUGUCCAGAGGUAUCCAAUUUUAAAUGUAAUAAUAUCAGACACUGAUUUUGAUAGGCGUGCAGAUGUCAGAUAAGGGCUGUUAAAGUCUUUGUCAAGGCUCGUUCUUAUUUCAUAAACAAACUACUCUUCAAUCAAUCAACAAAAACAGUCCCACCUUUGCUUUAUGCCUGAGAGCACAGGCGGGAGCAAUAGAAGGGAGUCCGACAUCUUUAGAGAAGUGUCCAAACUUAUCAGCAGAUGAAUAGACAUAAUUUUGUAUUGUGAGAGUUACUCCUGGUUGAUGUAGGUUUACACAAAGCUGUGUUGUCUUUUAUAUGUUACAAUAAGUAUAUUUACAGACAUUCGAUCUUCUGAUUUUUUUUAAUUUUUUUUUUUUUAUUUAAGUCUCAGUUGCUGUUUACAUCCAAAGUUUAAUAGAAUGGGAUGGGGGAACUUAAAUGUUGUAAAUGUACAAAUAUGUAUAUAUAUGUAUUGUUAUGUGUAUUAAAUCUAUUCUAGAAUCACCAUCAAGUCACCUAGAAUCUAUUAGAUAUAGUGUUUGUUUUAAAGAAAACUCUCGAGGACUGUUGAACAAUCCUGAGGUUAUUUGAGGUUUUUGUCUGAUAUGAACUUUUAAGUCCAAAGAGUGUGUGAAUUGUUGGAUCUGAUGAACUUUACAGUCCGGGAACAGUGUGAGGUUUGUCGGAGCUGAUGAACUUUACAGUCCGGGAAUAGUGUGAGGUUUGUCGGAGCUGAUGAACUUUACAGUCCGGGAAUAGUGUGAGGUUUGUCGGAGCUGAUGAACUUUACCGUCCGGGAAUAGUGUGAGGUUUGUCGGAGCUGAUGAACUUUACACUCCAGGAAAUUGUGAGGUUUGUCGGAGCUGAUGAACUUUACAGUCCGGGAAUAGUGUGAGGUUUGUCAGAGCUGAUGAACUUUACAGUCCGGGAAUAGUGUGAGGUUUGUCGGAGCUGAUGAACUUUACAGUCCGGGAACAGUGUGAGGUUUGUCGGAGCUGAUGAACUUUACAGUCCGGGAACAGUGUGAGGUUUGUCGGAGCUGAUGAACUUUACAGUCCGGGAAUAGUGUGAGGUUUGUUAGAGCUGAUGAACUUUACAGUCCGGGAAUAGUGUGAGGUUUGUCGGAGUUGAUGAACUUUACAGUCCGGAAACAGUGUGAGGUUUGUCAGAGUUGAUGAAGUUACUUUGACCUUCACGUUAUGUAUAUUGUCUACAACACUCUAAUGUAGGUGUUGUCUCGGUUAUAUCAUUCAGGUCAAUAGAAUAUUUAUGUUGUUGUUAAUAUGUAUUUUGAAGAAAAAGAAACAUUGGUUCUUUAAUAUAAAAAAAAAAUGAAAAUAACUUGCAGGCAAGGCUGUUCAAAUGCUGUUGAAAGAUAAUGUAGACUUUAGGGUGAAAAUGUAAUCGUGGAGAAUGAAAUUAUUUUUGACUAUUAAUAGCCAUGAAAUUCGCACAUAAUUAUGCAUAAUUAAUGUUUUUUUAAAAUGUGAUACGGCACUCAAUUAACUUACAUUAAUUUAUUGUAUAUAGUCAGUUGGCCAGAAUUCAAACUGAUUUGAAAUGUUUGAUGGAAUUGUAUUUAUGUACAUGUAAAAGCUAAACUUAAAAAAAUUCAUGACUUUUUUUGCAUUUUGCCAGCAUCUUAUUUGAUGAAACUGAUAGAUAACUUGUACAAGUCUUGACUUGAAAGAUCAUGCUAUAAAUAUUAGAUUAGGUUACUUUGAAAAUGUCAAUUCCAGGGAUAAAUUGAAUGUGGCCUUGAGCUUACUAAUCAUUAUAGGUGAUCUAGAGAUGUAUUAUCAAAUACAUCAACUUUAAGAUACUGACGUCAUGUAUUAAGGUCAAAGAGAUGUCGUUUUUUUAAAGGUCAAAGGUUUUUGAAUUACGUGUAUAUUAAAACUUGUUGCUGCCAUAAGAUACUCUAGUAGAAUUGGCAGCUGUCGGUUCCUGGAAGCCAGGAAUUAAUAAGUUAAUGCGAGUAUACACAGACCUUUGGCUAUGUUAUCAUGAUUACAGUACAAUUAAAGAGAGAAUGUUGGAAAAGAAA